GUCAAUAGCAAUAACAAAGUGCUGAAAUCAGAUUUAUUUUGUGAUCAAGUUAAUAUUAGCAAAUAUGCAAUAGGGAAAUGAAAUGUAUCACAUUAAUCCAAAUGCUUUUUUUUUUUUACCAGUUCUUUUUGUUGGUCUGUCAACUGAGUGGAAGAUGCUCUUACCACUGACACCUUUCGAUUCCCUUUCUGUGCUCUGUGGCUUAGUUUUAGGUUUUCCGUUAUAUUGUGGGUACCCAUUUGAAGAUGAUCCGAGGAUUACUGUUGGUGGUAUUUGUUCUCGUCACCGAACCCUCCUUUGGUCAGUCAAGCUGCAUAGAGGUAGAGGCUCAGAGAUCGAGUUCUGAUAACGCUCCAAGUAUUCGGAACCCUCCGCGGGAGUUACUGAAGAGGUAUAACGACCUAGACUAUGACAGCUUCGUUGGUCUAAUGGGGCGCAGAAGCACCGAUCUCGAAGAAAUACCGUCCCCAGUCAAAAGAGAAAUGCAUGAUAUCUUUGUUGGACUAAUGGGUCGCAGAAGUUCGACACGGGCACUGGGCGUCCCUGGAGAAAGGAGUACCCAGGAACAAGAGGCAUCUUCAACAAAUGCAAGCUGAGGUUUCGUCGUGGAUUAUAGUCAUGCUUCUACUGCCAAGGGAUCAUCUUCGAUACUUCAUCUUUUCAGGCUUUCGUGUAAAAAGACAAAUUAUUUCUUCUACAGAAACACUG